AUGGGGAGCAUCAUGCCUUCCGCCGACGACUACAAGCCGACCUUCAAGACGCCCUGGAUUGAGACUCCCCUCGUCGAGUCCGCUGCCCUUUCGCGGGCGGCUGGCUGCCGGAUUUUCCUGAAGUUGGAGAAUGUCCAGCCCAGUGGCUCCUUCAAGUCUCGUGCUAUGGGCAACCAGAUCCUUUCUCAUCUCCGCAAACCCGAAUACUUCAACCGCCGUGUUCACUUCUACGCCUCAUCCGGUGGAAAUGCCGGACUGGCAGCUGUCUGUGCUGCCCGCAGCCUGGGUUACCCCUGCACCGUCGUGGUACCUCUAUCUACCAAGCCCUUGAUGGUUGAGAAAUUGAAGGCCGCCGGCGCUGCGGAUGUGAUCCGUCACGGUGACAACUUCUUCGAAGCCGGCUCUUAUAUGAAGGAAGUUAUUAUGAAGCAACGCUCGGAGGAAGACAAGGAAGUGGCCAACAUUGCCCUUCACCCAUUCGACAACGAGCCUAUCUGGGAGGGAAACAGCACGAUCGUCGAUGAGCUGGAGAAGCAGCUUCCCGCUGCUGCCAAUACCGAGGAGGAGGAAGUUUACCGCGGGCGGGCACUUCCCUUGGACGCCAUUCUGUGCAGUGUCGGCGGCGGCGGCCUUCUGAACGGCCUGGUCAUGGGCCUUGAGAAGCGUCGGUCCCAGAAGGCAAACGGCCAGUCCGCCACUGGUCACUGCUACAUGGACGUCUCUAACUCUGACUCCCACCACCACACUGCCACCACCAACCCCAGCCCUGUCCACCUCCUAGCCAUCGAAACAGACGGAACCGACUCUCUCGCUGCUGCCAUCGCGAAGAAGUCCCUCGUCUCCCUCCCCAAGAUCACCUCCCAAGCCACUUCCCUCGGCGCCAUCCGCGUCUCGGAAACCACCUUCCAAUACGCCGUCUCGCCCCCUCCCGGCAUCAAGGUGCAUAGCACCGUCCUCUCAGACGCCGAAGCCGCCCGAGGUGUCCUCCGUCUCGCUGACGAUGAGCGUCUCCUCGUCGAGCUCGCCUGCGGUGUCUGCGUCGAGGCGGCCAUCGGCGACGCUGCGACUGCCACUACCGCCGCCACCGCUGUUUCGGCGAGCCCCGUGGCUGGAGGCCAAAGCUCCAAGAAGCGGAAGAGGGACUCUGCUGAUGCUGUUCCUCAGCGGGACGAGGGCUACGGGGAUGACCGGUCCUCGUCGACAGAUAACGAGACUGACCUCGAGGCGGAGGCGGACGUCGGCGACGUCAACGUCACCUCGACGCAGACCCCCGAGUUCAGCUCCAAGUUGAAGCAACUCGUGCCGGACCUGAAUGAGCAAAGCCGUGUUGUCAUCAUCGUCUGCGGUGGAAGUAAUGUCACCAUCGAUAUGGCGAGUGAAUACCGUCGUAUGUUGGCUGAGGGUUGGGUCUAA